AUGCGAAAACCUCUCCGUAGAAGCGCACGGUUAAAUUCUGCGCCUGGCGAACAUAGUGAGCAGCUAGUUUCUCUCACGGCAAACAAGACCUUGCGGGAAACGAAUCGAUCAACUGCUCUACGGCCCAAAGGUCGAAAACGAUCACGUGAAACCGAAGACCUAUCCUCCAGGAUCGCAAUCGUACCCUCCGCGAAGCGACCGCGAGGAUCCGCAGACGUCACGACUGCGAGACCGCACGCUUGGCCUGAAUAUUACUUUGAGCCGGAUACGAUGAGCCAUCUGCUUGCAAGGAGGAAGUCAGCGCCUUCCCUCCGGCGCAAACAAUCGGGUUCUCUCGCGGCGAGCUCUACAACACCAAGCGAUCGAAAGCCGAGAGGGAGAAAACUACAUGGACAAAUCCGAAUUGGACGUCACAAUGGAAGAAAAAACCCGUGCCGAGAUAUACUUGAGAAAGAGCAAGUUACCCCAGACAACUCAUUAUUUCGAGACGACGUCUUUGAUAGGACCUGCCGAAAACUACAAGAUAAGCAUGAAGCGAGGGUGGUUCAAGACAUCGCCCGAUUGAUCGUUCCUUCUGCGGAGACUCUCGCUACGUUUGGCGCCAAAACACUAGAGGUUUUGGUUGAAAGUGGCAACGAAGGUUGGAACAACUCUAUCCCUCUGACUGGGACCCGUCCGCAGCCCGAAUAUUCUGUCGGAUUCAAGCGGGAGUCGUUUACGGAAGAGCAGCGCGAGAAGCUUUCACCAUUCAUCGGCGACUUCAUCGCUGGCGACCAGUCCUUCUUCAUGGCCACAUAUUACAUGUACUUCCCGCUCCUCACGUGCGAAGUGAAAUGCGGCACUGCGGCUCUUGACAUCGCCGACCGGCAGAAUGUGCACAGCAUGACGCUCGCAAUGAGGGCCAUCGUCGAACUUUUCCUGCUCGUUCAACGCGAGGACGAGAUCAAUCGAGAAAUCCUCGCCUUCUCAGUUUCGCAUGAUCAUCGGUCAGUCCGGAUCUACGGUCCUUAUACCGUGAUCGACGGGGCCAAAACUACCUUCUACCACCAUCCAAUCCGCACCUUUGACUUUACAGAAUUAGAGAAUUAGAUGGAAGAGAGAAAUGGACAGUAUACAAGUUCACUAAAAAAUGUUUAAGGUGCGUGGAUGCUGACUCACUUCAAAAGACUCUGCUCAGCCAUCGACGAUCUGCCUCUAGAGUUGGAUUUUGGAGUCGCGCAGCUUCCACAAGACUCUAGGGUCUCGCAAGAUUUGGAAUCCCAUUAUCUCUUGCGAUCCUUUGUGGAAUCGGCAUCUCAGGCGGAAGAUGAUGAUAGUCAUUCAAAUAUUAGGGAUGCUACCCCAAACACUUCGUUCACCCAAUAAGGAACCUCGAAAAGGCCGAGAAGAAAGGCGGCAAAGCAGAUGCCUUGUACAGAAAUCGUGUUGCCGGGAAGAGUAUCACACCCAUCAAAACUACGGCCUAGCUACCAAAUUAAAGCAUCUAGCCCUAAACUUAGCCAUCGUUUUCUAGCGAACUCCCGUAACUAUCGUCAAUGAUUAGACUCCUUCUAGCAACACAUAACACUAACUUGCCG